AUGCGAGCACGAGGCAAGAAUAGACGGCCCCUCAUCUCUGCACCUAUAGGCCCGGUCAAAAGCUCCAGAGGUGCCGAUCUUAUCCGAAGCGAGAGGCUUAUUGUUGUCGAUGCCAUCAAGGACUGUGAAACAGACAUCUCAAGCUCAAUUCCCGAAUGCCGCCGUCCUCUGCCUAUCCAAGCUCCAAGGCAUGUAUCAGCUGGAUUUCACCGCGACAGACAAUUAGAAAGCAGCCCGAUCGUUGCAAGCUCUGGUAUCUCCGCCACGCCGAUCAUCAAGACCUGUUCUACUCCAAAGCCGCCAAAAAAGUCGCGUAGAAGCUUGCUAUCAACCUCAUCUAUACCAAAGCCGUCUUUUAGAACAGGGCCAACAGCUACACUGGUACAAGACGAGAAUAUCCCUCCUGUGCCCGAUGGAUUUUUCCAUCCAGACGUACCAAAUCUUCGACUGGCGAGCAAACUACCUAGAUCUCGAACUAUGAGUGCCCUUCACGACUUGAAGACGUCCAUCUCCCGGCCUUCCUUGGCUGUUCGCUCUAUCAACACUUCUGCUUUCGCCGGUUCCUCUUCCAAAUCUUCUCCGUCUUCUGCUGAAACCGAUGCAAAGCUUUCCAAACCUUCAAAAUUGAAUAUUGUGCAACCACCCACAACGACGCUGGCUAACUCGGCCCAGUCUUAUUCUCCUGGAUCUCCAUCCAUGCGAGUCAGCAUCGCGCAGUCUUCUGCUUACUGGUCUGGCCGAUUUAUGGCUCUUCAUGAUCGAUUUUCGUCAGAAAAUCUUGCUGCGGAUGCUUUUGAAUCUCGCCAAUCUUUGGCCAACUCCUUUUCUACACGGCCAAAAACGCCAUACAGCACUCUACAUCAGCGAGCAUCUCAUCUCCCUAAUUCGACUACUACUUCCGCCCUAAGAAGCUUUAUGGCAUCAUCCAGCGUCUCACCCGAAAAUGAAGAGGAUGCACGAUGCCGCCGUGUAUUUGACCACCUCGAUCGUCUUUGCACCACGGCUGAAGCGAGGCGCUCUUUGCACAUCUGGCAGCAAGCUUAUGCUCGCCGAUAUAGUCGCCCCUCGCUGCUCCCUGAGGGCGGCACUAUGGAAGAGAAAGGCCUGAUGGCUAAGAUUUUUCGCAGCUCGGGCGCCAAAAAAAGUGAAAGGCACAGCUUAACAAAGCUGCGCUACGGCUCUUAUAAUCAUGAUAACAAGACCAAGAGCUUUCUUUCAGGAAGCAUUUCCAGGGCCUCUCGGGAAAAGCGCCUCGCUAUGUCGUAA